CGGGACAGCGCCGAGCUGCCGCUGCCGGCCGGCUGGGAGGAGGCGCGCGACUACGACGGCCGCGUCUUCUACAUCGACCACAACACGCGCCAGACGUCGUGGAUCGACCCGCGAGACCGGAUAACAAAGCCACUGACAUUUGCUGAUUGUGUUGGGGACGAACUUCCUUUAGGAUGGGAAACUGUAUAUGACAAGCAAAUUGGAGUUUAUUACAUGGACCACAUAAAUAAGCUCACCCAGAUUGAGGAUCCCCGAGAACAGUGGCGACGAGAGCAGGAGCGGAUGUUGAAGGAAUAUUUAGUGGUAGCCCAAGAGGCUCUGAAUGCCAAGAAAGAAAUAUACCAAAUUAAGCAGCAGCGGUUCGAGCUGGCCCAGGAGGAGUACCAGCAGCUGCACAAGAUGUGUGAGGAUGACUGCCGCUCGCAUGCCAGCUCCUUCUCUGGAUAUUCAACAAAUACGAAAUAUGACCCACACCAAAUUAAAGCAGAGAUUGCAAGUCGUCGGGAUAGGCUUUCCAGAUUAAAACGAGAGCUGGCCCAGAUGAAGCAGGAACUGCAGUACAAAGAAAAGGGAGUGGAGACUCUGCAGGAGAUUGACCGUAAGAUGUCAAAUUCUCAUACCAACUAUAAACUGGAUGAGGCACAGGCUAUCAUGAAUGAGCUGCGGACCAUCAAGAAGGCCAUUUGUACCGGCGAGAAGGAGAGGCGGGACCUGAUGCAGAGCCUGGCUAAGCUCACGGAUGGCUUCAAGAAUAACUUCUCUCUUACCGACUCUGUACAAGAAGCCCCUCUGAAUCAGGGUGCACUUGGCAAUUCUGUUAUACCUCAACAGUUCUGUGACGCUGGGUCUCAGACGGACAUCACUGGAGAGUACGUCCUUGAUGAUAGAAUAAGACUUGCAGACCGAGUCCGACUUAACUGGCAGUAUGAAGAAGCUAAAAAGAGAGUCUCCAGUAUCCAGCAGCAGCUGGCCCAGCUUGACCAUGAGCCCUGGCCAGGAAUGGCUGAGGCUGACAGAGACCGGCUUCAGCUCCUCAAAGAGAAGGAAGCUUUGCUUCAGGAGCUGCAGCUCCUCCCUCAGCAGAGGAGGUCUGCGGAAGACGUGGCGAGGCUGGAGGAGGAGAUCCAGCGAGCCCGUACCACAUCUGCACAAGGCGCCACGGAAAGGAUUCUACUUCAGGAGAAAAGAAAUUGUCUGCUUAGGCAACUGGAAGAAGCCACUCGUUUAAAGUCCUAUCUCCAGUCCCAGCUAAAGAGCCUGUCAGCCAGCACCCUGACGGUGUCCUCAGGUAGCAGCCGGGGCUCGCUGGCCUCCAGCCGGGGUUCCCUGGCCUCCAGCCGGGGAUCCUUGAGCUCCAUCAGCUUCACCGACAUCUAUGGCCUACCACAGUAUGAGAAGCCUGAUGUUGACAGCAGCCAACUCUUACGCUUUGACCUGAUUCCGUCUGACUCCGUGGGAAGAGAUGGCCCUAUCUCUGAUUCUCCUGGCCCCUUCGGCUUUAACAAGCCAAGGCGGUCCCUGGACACUCCACAGUCGCUGGCUUCUCUGUCCUCUCGAUCCUCCCUGUCCUCCCUGUCUCCCCCAAGCUCGCCUCUGGACACGCCCUUCCUCUCAGCCUCCAGGGACUCUCCACUGGCCCCAGUGGCAGAUAGCAUUGAAGUGCCAGGCCUGGGCAUGCUAGACAGGCUGCGGGUCCAGGCCUCUGCUCUGGGAGAUGAAGAGCUGCCGGGGGCAGUGUCCAUCCAGCCACGCCUGUUCCCCUGUGAAGAGGAAGGAUCUCGAGAGCGAGGACCCCAUGUGGCCAGCGCUCCUGCAGGUGGCACAGGGACUCUUCGAGAAGACAGCAGCAAGAGGCUGGAAAGGAGAGCGCGUCAUGUCUCUGCGUGCCUGUCUGACUAUGCUCUAGCCAGCGAAGGUGGCGGGCUGUUUGAACCUUUAAUCAUAAGGAAUGAAGAUGCUGAGGAGACUGGCGGUAAAGAAGAGCCCCAGAUCCACGUGGGAUUUUUGCACGAUAGCAAUAGUGAAUGUCUUCUCGUAAAUGUGCUCCAGUUGAAGAACCUUGCUUGGCUGGGUGUGAAAGAAAACUGCAAAAUCCACAUCCGUGUCUACCUACCAUCACUCGACUCGGGCAUGCUCAACACCUACUGCUCUCAGGCCCUAGAAUUUCAGGCCUCGCUGGUAUUUAAUGAAGUUUUCCAAAUCCCUGUGCAGUCAAGCAUGUUGACAUUGAAGUCCCUUCAGUUAUACGUAUGUUCUGUGAAUCAUCAGCUGCAGGAAGAACUGCUGGGCAUUGCUCAGAUUAAUUUGGCCGACUAUGAAAGUUCCAGCAACAUGCAGCUGCGCUGGUAUUCCGUUCAGGUCUUCACCAGCCCCGAGCCCCAGAGGAGCCGGGAGAAGGAGAGGGCGGAAGAGUGCCCUCCACAGGAGCCCUCCAGUGUGGACGGCGGGAGGACGGAUGCGGUGACGGUGCUGCUAGCCAGAACCACAGCCCAGCUGCAGGCUGUGGAGAGGGAACUGGCAGAGGAGAAGGUAAAGCUGGCAUGUUCUGAGACCAAGAUCUUGCUGGAGGAGCAGCGCAAAGGCCAGAUGGAGGCCGUGCCCAACAGGAGUUGGCAAGCAGAUUCCAUCAAUAGUGGGUGUAGCAACUGCACCCAGAUCAGCCACCUGUACCCAGAGCCCCAGGGCAUUGAUAUGGAAUCUAUUCAUGGACACACACUUGCUGGCCAGUCAGUUCCUUGCAAACCCAAGCAACUUCAGCCUCUACCUCGUAAGGUUGAUAAGGAAACCAACACAGAAGAUCUCUUCCCAGAAGAAGUUGCAAAUCUUCCAAAGGAGAGGGCCAGUGGCAGGGCCCUCGCGUCUCCUUUUGUGCGGAGUGGCACAAUUGUUCGUUCACAGACAUUCUCGCCUGGAGCAAGAAGCCAGUAUGUUUGCAGACUUUUUCGUAGUGACAGUGACAGUUCAACGCUGCCUCGAAAAUUACCCUUUGUCCGAAACACUCUGGAAAGACGAACCCUCCGCUAUAAGCAGGCCUGUAGGUCUUCCCUGGCUGAGCUCAUGAGUCGCACCUCCCUGGACCUGGAGCUGGAUCUCCAGGCAUCAAGAACAAGGCAGAGGCAGCUGAAUGAGGAGAUCUGCAUCCUUCGAGAACUGAGGCAACGCUUAGAAGACGCCCAGCUCCGAGGCCAGACUGACCUACCCCACUGGGUGCUUCGAGAUGAGCGAUUCUGUAACCUGCUGAAGGAAGCAGAGAAGCAGACAAGACAGACCAAAGUUGAGCAUCAUCAAGAGCAGGCAGCUGAGAAGAUGCUGAAGAAAGCCUCCAAAGAAGUCUACCAGCUGCGAGGGCAGAACCACAAUCAGCCCGUCCAAGUGCAGAAUUUUAGGGAGAAGAUAGCAUUUUUCACCAGAACAAGGAUUAACAUGCUUCCUCUGCCAGCUGAUGACGUCUAA